AUGAGCUUGAGUCGAGCUAUUAGGGUGUCCCCCGAGCACUACAGCGCCCUUGGGCUCGCGAUCCGUAGCAGAAGCCGUACGGUGACCACCCCGAAGCAGCGACGACAACCUACGGAAAUCGGAUUCUCGCACAUCCUCCCUCCAAUCGCAGAAUCUUUACCGCAUCGUAACAACCGGAUGGCUUCCUUCGACAGAGCGAUUGACUACCCAAGCUCACGACUUGACAUUAGCGCUUCCCGCUGCUUUCCUCCGUCUGGACCGGCUAGACGAGCCCUGCCGUACGUCGACUGA